CACUUUGCCGCGGGUUCAGUGCCGCCACUGGAACCGGGAGAUGCGGCGCAGGAGCUGUCGCUGUGUUGCCUUUUACCUGAGUCUUGUCUCUUACUGCGGUUCCUUCUGCGGCUUCGAUCAUGUUGCUACCUUCAGACGUAGCCCGGCUCGUAUUGGGUUACUUACAGCAGGAAAACCUCACUUCUACCUGCCAGACUUUUAUUUUGGAAAGUUCAAAUUUAAAAGAAUAUGCAGAACACUGUACAGAUGAAGGUUUUAUCCCAGCCUGCUUAUUGUCCUUAUUUGGAAAUAACUUGACAACAAUUUUGAAUGAAUAUGUAGCUAUGAAAGCAAAAGAGACAUCAAAUGAUGUCCCAGCAAUCAUGUCAUCUCUGUGGAAGAAGUUAGACCAUACACUUUCUCAGAUCAGGAGCAUGCAAAGUACCCCAGGGUUUGCUGCCAGUCAGAGAGCCCGAACAAGAAGUGGAAUUGCAGAAAUCAAACGGCAGAGAAGACUUGCAUCUCAAGCAGCUCCCGUCAGUUCAGAGUUGCUGACUUUACCGUAUCUUUCAGGACAGUUUACUACUUCUCCUUUGACAGCUACACAAGUUAUUCGGCCAACUGGCCAAAUUUCAGCUCCUUUGAGGUCAAAUUUUGUAGUGGUCAACCAUUCACAGUCACAAGACACAGUGACCACUGGAGAGGCUUUAAAUAUCAUUCCUGGUCCUCAGGAAAAGAAAACUCAAGCCAGUUUAAUGUCUCCUGGUAGACGCAAAAGUGAAUCUCAAAGGAAAAGUAUCACUUUGUCUGGGCCUCAUUCAACCAUACGAAAUUUCCAGGAUCCAAAUGCAUUUGCAGUAGAAAAGCAAAUGGUUAUUGAAAAUGCACGAGAAAAAAUUUUAAGCAACAAAUCUCUUCAAGAAAAGCUUGCAGAAAACAUUAAUAAAUUUUUGACUAGUGACAACAAUGUUGCUCAAGUACCUAAGCAAACAGAUAACAACCCUACUGAACCAGAGACUUCAAUUGAUGAACUCCUGGGGCUUCAGAGUGAAAUCCACAUGUCUGAAGAAGCUAUACAGGAUAUAUUGGAACAGACAGAAUCAGAUCCAGCAUUUCAGGCACUCUUUGAUCUCUUUGACUAUGGUAAAACAAAGAGUAAUAAAAAUAUAUCACAAGGCAUUUCCGGUCAGCAUAUGGAAACCAAUCCCAAUGUAAUCUUAGAAGAUGAAACUAAUCUAGCAGUUAAAGGUUCUUUUGAAACAGAAGGAUCUGGUGAUCAAUCUGGUCAGCCCUCAUUUUGUACAUCCUAUCAAAAUGAAGACACAUCAAAUGCUCUGAAGAACGGUAGCAACCAUGAUGAGCUUAGACAGGAAGCUCAGGAACCUUUUUCCCAGACAGGCUCUAGCAUGCAGAAAAAGGCCUUUAAAACAGUUGUAUCUAAUGAACAGAAGUGUAAUCUUGAUAUUACCUUUGAGUCUGUGCCUAAUUUGAAUGACUUUAACCAAAGAGUAAAUUCUGAUGCUGAAUGUAAUCAGCAUUGUGCUGAAUUAUAUACUGAUCAGAUAUCCACUGAUGCUGAAAUGGCUAUGGAAGUUGAAAAGAAUUCUUUGUCUGCAGGUGUGCCGAAUGAAUCUCAGUUACAGCCUGGUCAGUCUAAUAUACCAAUAACUUCAUUUGUUUCCCUUGGUGGUGAAAGUAACAAUGAAAACUUAAUUCUCUCUGGGAAAAAUUCUCAACUUUUAUCCCAAAACAUUCCAUUAACUGGAAAUCCAUCUAAAAAAAGUCAAUUUUGUGAAAGUUCUAAUAAUACAGGAAGACUUAAAACUAAUUUCCCUGGUUCCAAGUCACCAGAUUCUAGAGAAAUGCACCAGAGUAAAAUUGAAAUUAAUAAUGUAUUACCAGUUGCAUCACAGCAACUUUCAGAUUGCCAAGAUAAUUCUUCACUUCAAAGUAAAAUAUUACCUGUGUCUGUUGAAAGUUCAGGUUUAAAUGUAUCUGAACAAGUAGAAAUUCAUCUUGGAGGUUCAGUAUCUUCAGUUAAACAACCAUCUAAUGAUUCAUCAUCUAUUGAGUUAAAUCAUACAGAGCAUGAAACUCAACCCUCCAAGUCUGAGAAAAUUGCUUUGGAUUCACAAGAGCAUUCAGCUUCUAUAAAAGAACAUGGAGAUAGUAUUUUUCUCUCUAUAGGUGAAAAUGAUAACUGUGGGGAAGUUGCAUUGAUGCCUCCAGAAGGUAAUCCUGUAGAAGGGAGACAUUCUCUUCCCUCAGAAUCGGUGUGUUCUUCAAUGGGAGAGUCUCACCCUGAGUCCCAAAAUACUAGUGAUAAACCUGCUAGUGACAACUCAACAGAGAUAGAUGCAUCAAAUAUCGUCUCUCUCAAAAUUAUCAUCAGUGAUGAUCCAUUUGUUUCCUCAGAUACUGAACUUAAUAGUGCUGUUUCUAGUAUCAGUGGAGAAAACUUGCCCACUAUAAUUUUGUCUUCUCCUGCUAAAUCACCUGCCAAAAAUGCAGAAUUAGUUAAAUGCCUAUCUUCAGAAGAAACUGUAGGUGCUAUUACAUCUGCUGAAGGAAUAGGAGACUCAGCGUCAAUGGAACAGAGCCUUUUAGCACUCAAACCUGAAGACUCUGCAGUAAACAACACUCAGAAUGAAGACAGCAUUGGUUUUUCAGCCAGUGUUACACCAUGCGUUUCCAAGGACGGAGGAUACAUACAGCUGAUGCCAACUACAAGCACAACUUUUGGCAGUUCAAAUAACAUUCUGAUAGCUACCUGUGUGACUGAUCCAGCUGCCUUAGGAACAACUGUAAGUCAGUCUAAUGUUGUGGUGUUGCCUGGAAAUUCUGCACCUAUGACUGCUCAACCUCCACCACCUCAGUUGCAGACACCACCAAGGUCAAACAGUGUAUUUGCUGUCAACCAGGCUGUGUCACCCAACUUUUCACAAGGAUCUGCCAUCAUAAUUGCUUCUCCAGUCCAACCUGUACUCCAAGGAAUGGUGGGAAUGAUCCCUGUAUCUGUGGUUGGACAGACUGGAAGUACCUUUUCUGCUCCUCCUCGGCAGGUCCUUCAUAUGCCUUUGGCAGCACCUGUAUGCAAUAGAAGUAUCCCUCAGUUCCCCAUCCCUCCAAAAUCUCAGAAGACUCAGGGACUAAGAAACAAGCCUUGUACAGGAAAGCAGGUAAAUAAUUUGGUGGAUUCUUCGAGUCAUUUAGUUGGGUGUCAUGCACAAAGAACUGAAGUUUCUGACAAGAAUAUGGCCACAGAUCUUGGAAAAAAGUUGGAAGAAAUCACAGUUCCCUUCUCAGUAGAGAGUAUAGUUCCAAUUAGCAAACCAUUUGAAAGCCACAGACGUGUGCUCUGUUUUGAUAGCACUGCUUCUCCUGUGGCAAAUACACAGGGGACAAACCAUAAGAUGGUGUCCCAAAACAAAGAAAAGAAUGACAUUUCAUUUCCUAAUCUUGACUCCCCCAUUGUGUCCUCCACCUUAAAACCCCCUUCUAAUAAUGCUCUCAAAAGAGAGAGAGAGAAACUUCCUGUGCCUAAGAUUUUAUCUAAAUCGGAAGCUGCCAUUAGCCGACAUACCACCAUAAAGGAAACUCAGUCAGAAAAGAAAAUUUCACCAACAGAAAUUGUACUUGAAUCUUUCCAUAAAGCAACAGCUAAUAAGGAGAAUGAAUUAUGCAAUGAUGUGGAAAGGCAGAAAAAUCUAGAAACUUCAAAACUGUCUAAUGGACAGCAAAAUGGCGGUUUACGGAAUGAGAAAACUAUAACUUCACUGCAAGAACUAACCAAAAAACAAGGGACAUCCUCAAACAGUAAAAAUGUCAUUUCAGUAGGUGCAGCUGUGAAGGAUCUAAAGCAAGAACAAACCAGAUCUGCCAGUUCUUUGAUUAACCCACUAACCAAACAUACUGCAGAAAUGUUACAGGAUGUUCAGUUGCAUAGCCCAGUAAAUAGGCUCGCUGAUAGUACUGAUUCACCUGUACCCCGGACAUCUGGCUCAGGGGCAGGGGAAAAACAUAAAGAAGAACCUACAGAUGGUAUCAAGGUCCCCUCUAGUAGGCGUUUCGGUGAAGAUGGUAGCACACCCAAAGUGAUGGUCCCUCCUGUCACCCCAGACUUGCCUGCCUGCAGCCCUGCCAGUGAAACAGGGAGUGAAAACAGUGUAAACAUGGCUGCCCAUACAUUAAUGAUUCUCUCCAGAGCUGCCAUCUCUAGGACUACUACAACAACUCCUCUAAAAGACAAUACACAGCAAUUUAGAGCAUCUUCAAGGAGUACCACAAAAAAACGGAAAAUUGAGGAAUUAGAUGAGCGUGAGCGAAACUCUCGUACUGCUAAUAAAAGUCUUGCAAAUUCAUCAAUACCAAUGAAAAAGAAGAAGAUUAAGAAAAAGAAGCUACCCAGUUCAUUUCCAGCUGGAAUGGAUGUGGACAAAUUUUUGUUAUCAUUGCAUUAUGAUGAGUAAACAUUCUGAACAUAUAAGAACAGUAGCUGUUUAGAACUCAUAUCCCUUAAACUGUGAGUGUAGGGAAUGAGAUAUUGACAAAAUCGGAAAGCAUGACCUGCACUUUCAUUGUACUGAAAUUUCACUUUAAAUCAUGCUGUUUCUGAAGCAGCUUCUUAGUUUGUAAAUAGAUUGACCUGGUAUAUUUUUAUUUUGGAAAAAAACAUUUGCAGAAAUGUAAGUAAAGCCAAUCUGCAAAACUGUAUAGCUUUGACAAUUGCAUAUUGUAAAUAUUGUGUAAAUCUUGUUGAAAUAGAGGUUAAAUCAACCUAAUGUUCUUACACUGUGUUUUUUGACUUCUUAUGAUCCCUAAUUCUGAGGCUUAUUCAUCUGGAGUAGUUUCUUACUUUUGGGGGAAAAUGAUGCUUUUCCUUAAAAACUGCCUUCAGCAACUAUCCAACAAGACAUUUAAAGACAUAGCCACUAAGUGGUACAAAAGUGAUAACCACCUCAAAUGAUAAUCAAGUAACGAUUUGGGUUUUUACUAGAGUGAAUACCACCCCUUCUUAUAAUUGCAGUAAAGAUUAUAUUCCUGAAGUUUUACACUUUAACUGCUUCUGGUCGUUCUGUUCUCUUUGUUUUAAAGAGAGAAUUUUAUAAACCAGCUGAGUGUUCUGAUCUUUUGUUUAUAACUUUCAAGAUCUUUUACAGAACUUUAAGUGUUUAGACUAUUGAGCCAUAAAAAGUUUGGUUAUGUGGUAGUUGAGAUUUCUUGGUGUGUAUAUACUUUUCCCCUAAAUACUGGGGAUUUAAAGAAUUGCACUAAUUCAUAGAACUCCUUACAUAGUAGUAAACUGUGCACAUUUAAUUUAAAUCUUUUAUUCUGUGUUAAAGCUUGUGUGGAGGAUUAUCUUCUGGUGUCCUUUUAGAAAGCCAUGUCCAUCAUAAGAUGUAAAAAGAGAAAUCAUAGUUUUAUAUUUUAAUUUAGUUUCUCCUAAAAUGGGCUGUGUUAAAUAGCUAUAUCUAUGCUUAGAUACAGUGCGUUUUCUCUGUGCCCCUUAGAGUGUUAUAAAGAUUUACUCUCAAAAAGUCCUUAAGGAGAAUGAACGAGGUGCCUUCUUUGUAUUAGACUCACAUACGUCAGUCAAGUUGAAGCAUUGGUUUAAACCUUUAAAUGAGAACAGAAAUUAUAACCAGUACCUGACCAAUUGUGCCUAGAUAUUUAAGUAUUUACUUGUUCUCUUAAGUGCUUUCUGUUUGGUUAAAUAUCAUAUCAGUAUAUUAAGGUUUUUUCCUACAGGUGUAUAUACUGUUAAAGAGUCAUUUCCCUCAACCUUUUUUUUUUUUUUGUACUGGGCCUUUAAAAAACUAAAUCCAUCCUACUCUUACACAGCAUUUCUCAGUGUGGAAAUCACGUCUUAAUUGUUGGACCUUACUGCAGAAAAUUGUGUUGUAAGCAAUUUUUAUGAUGUGGCAGUGCUCUAUUCCUAAGAAACUAAUUAUCAUACCAUUAAUGUUUAUUUAACUCAAGUUGAUACUGUACUACAGUUAGGUUUGAAUAAAUAUUUUCAUUAACUUCAAAA